AUGGCCAGCCCCGAUGUACUGAGCGACGCCACCAAGAAAGAUGUGGCGCUUGAUGUCAUAUCCCUACAGUCAUUAAUAAACGGAGACUCAAGCACGGAAGCCAUGUUGUUGAAAGCAUGCACUGAUUUAGGAUUCUUCUAUCUUGAUUGCGUGGACGGGUGCUCCGGUGAAAUCUUGGAGGAUGUUCAGGCAAUGUAUUCCCUGGCUAAGAAUUUCUAUGACCUGCCACAAGGGGCGAAGUCUGAGUGGCUGGUGGAUAGAGAUCAUGACGAGCAUUUGGUCAUGGGGUAUAAGCCUGCAGGUCACGGGAAUGGCCCUAUCGAAGGUGUCAAGGACGGUUUCGAGGGGCUAAUGCUUUUUGAGCAUCCCAUCUCCAAGAUAGAUGAUCCUGCAUCAUUUCCAGGUCCUGAGGUCAUUGCUCACCAGCUCAAUCCACUCAAAAAGGCGAUUGCGACCUUCCGUGGUAUCAGCGUCUUACUUUUGGAAAAAAUCUCUGCAGCGUUAGACUUGGACCCGUCAAAAGCUUUCCAGGGAUAUCAUCGCGAAGGCGCUGUCUGUCCAACAGCUCUUGGACUGCUGAAGUACACGAUUGCUGAGGAAGAGCCCAAGAAGAUCGGCCAAAUUGCCCACACAGAUGCCGGUAGCCUUUCAAUUGUGUUCACAGAGGUUGCCGGUCUCCAGGUUCUGAAACCAGAGGAAGAUGACUGGUUUUACAUUGCUCCAAAGCCUGGACACGCUGUUGUGAAUGUUGGCGAUGCGCUCCGUUUCAUAUCGGGUGGAGUUCUGGAGUCCAGUCUCCAUCGAAUUAUUCCCCACAAAGACGAAAGAUUUCGGCACAAGUACUCAAUCGUGUACUUACUGAGACCGGAGAUGGAUGCAGAGUUCAUUGAUGGUGAAGGGCGAAUGUGGAAAGGCUUAGAAUGGACAAACAAAAAGCAUGCUGUGUUUCGUGCUCCAGCAGCAGAACAAGCUCAGGGAACUUAUCUUACCGGUAGGGAUGGGUAUGUUGGAUACUGGGAUCCGGAGAAGGAUCAGGAAGAUGUGAUAUCUUAG